AUGACGCCGUGCGUGACCUCACACCUCUGCCUGCUGGUCUUACCAGUGAUGUCACUGCUGCUGCUCUUAUCUCCCAUUGGUUGGAGCUACGAUGGCCUCGCCCCUGGCUGUCACCUUUACCCCUUCAACGUGACCAUCCGCAGUGACCGCCGCAGCACGUGUAAAGGCACCCAUCUGGUCUACGCCUGCGUGGGCUACUGCGAGUCCAGCGCCUUCCCGUCCAGAUACUCCGUACUCGUGGCCUCCAACUUCACCCACAACAUCACCUCCGCCUCACGAUGCUGCACCAUCAGCAAGGACGCCAAGGUCAAAGUUCGCCUGGACUGCCCUCGUGGUCGCCACCACGAUGAAAUAGAGAUCCUGACAGCGAAGGCGUGUCGCUGCGACAUGUGCCGCAAGUCCCGCUACUGA